AGGUCCAAGUUUUACAGACAGACUUUGAUGUUCAGCUCUGUGGCAGCUCCUCAGAUAAAUGCCAUCCUCAAUAGACACUGUGGCAAUUAUGCAGGCAAGGUGAUGGUGACACGCCCCGACACCAGUGGGGCAAUCUGUCAGAUUGUUUUACAGCUCCCUCAGACCUACCAUAAAGUGAAGACUUCCAGUUAUGCUUCGGCAGCUGAUGACCGAUUUGAAUUCUUCAUCAAGAAGAUCCUGCCUCAUCAGAAGGAAGCCCUGAAAGCACAGACUCUUCUUUUCAUACCUUCCUAUUUCGACUUUGUCAGACUUCGUAACCACUUUGUCAGAGAAGAUUUGGACUUUUCACAGAUCUGCGAGUAUUCUAGUGACAAAAACAACUCUCGAUCGAGAAGUUAUUUCUUCCAUGGAAAUGCACAUUUUCUGUUAUACACGGAGAGAGCACAUUUCUUUAAGAGGUUCAAGUUGCGUGGUGUCCGCCACAUCGUGUUCUACGAGUUGCCUACUUAUCCACACUAUUACAGUGAGUUGUGUAACAUGAUCGUGGACUCACACAGUCUCAAGGACACAUGUACCUGUACUACAUUGUACACACCGUAUGACGCCCAGAAACUCGCCGAGGUUGUCGGCACCAACAGGACUUCUAUCAUGAUAAACUCCAGUAAAACCACGCACAUGUUUGUAACAGGGGAAAAUACGUGACAUCACGUUAACUCGUAGGUCAGGACAUCAUAUUCAGUAUGAAGUUCGUGACAUCACAUUAACUUGUCGGUCAGGACAUC